GCCAGAAAGGGAGAGGGACAUUGAGAUGGGGAAUCGAAAUCCCAAGGACAACUCUGAUUAUGGUCUCAAAGACUUCUUUGAACAGGUUAAAGAGAUUGAGACCCUGUUGGAUAAGAUGUCCAACAUAGUCCACAAGCUUCAGGAAGCUAAUGAGGAAUCGAAGUCAGUCACUAAGGCUUCUGCAAUGAAAGCGAUAAAAGGGCGCAUGGAGAAAGACAUUGAUGAAGUAGGGAAGAUCGCACGCAACGUAAAAGUGAAGUUGGAACAAAUGGACAGAAAUAAUCUUGAGAACAGAAAGAAGCCAGGGUGUGGGAAGGGCACGAGCGUAGACCGAUCAAGGAUGUCGAUGACCAUUGCAUUGAAGAAGAAGCUCAAAGAAAGAAUGAACGAUUUCCAGAAUCUAAGACAAACUAUACAAGAAGAGUACCGAGAAGUCGUAGAGAGGAGGAUCUUCACAGUGACGGGAACAAAACCUUCUGAGGAGGUGAUUGACCGUUUCAUUGAGACCGGAAGCAGCGAGCAGAUCUUCGAGAGAGCAAUCCAAGGGACAGGUAGAGGACAGAUUCUUGCCGCGGUUGAAGAAAUUCAGGAACGGCAUGAUGCAGUCAUGGAGAUAGAAAAAAGGCUUCUUGAACUACAGCAGAUUUUUGCAGACAUGGCAGCACUCGUUGAUGCACAAGGAGAGGUUCUAGACAACAUAGAGAAUCAGGUUCAAAAUGCUGUAAACCAUGUGGUAACUGGUACUGAAGCGCUACGCGAAGCAAAGAACUAUCAGAAGAAGUCGAGAAAGUGCAUGAUGAUUGCAAUUAUCAUUCUGCUUGUAAUUGCCAUCAUAGUUGUGCUUUCGAUUCUAAAGCCAUGGGCUAAGUCUAAGUAAGGGGGAGGAGCAAGGGAAAACAAAUACUAUCUUCUGUUGCAUGUAUUGUAAACAUACUAAUCUAUUUGAUUCGUGUAAGUUGCAAGUAAUUCUCUCGGCUAUAUCAUUCAGCCUUAUUCA